CGUGCGUUUAGGGCGUAUGUUUUGCGUCCACCGCGUCUUUAUCAUACAACAAAACAGCAUACAGUUUCAUCUUUAAUAUAAAACAUUAUUAUUAGAUCAUGUGAAUGUGUUAAAUGUAGUAGUUUCAGUUAAAAAAUGUGAAAUAAUCGUGUUACAAAUUUAUAACAAGCAAAGCGUUCGUGUAUCAGAAUAUUGAUAUAAAACAACAUUAAGUUCAACGACAAAUCUAAGAUAUAAUCGUAUGUUUUGAAAUUGUGAUUAUAGAAUAAAGUGAUAUCAUAUUGGUUAAAUUGUGAACGUUGCUCGAUGCCAAUAUACAAUGACUUCCAAGUUAGUGAUAUUGAAAGAAAUGUGUGAACUAUAAGUGUGCGCGGCAAAUGUUGAAGGGAUCAUGUCACGGCAGCGGCCGACUUCCCGCCAUUUCCACAACCAUCCUGAGCUGCGGAGAGAUUCAGGUCUGAUGGUGAGAUGGGUGUUCUUCGUCUGGUUGGCAAGCUUCGGACCGCUCGGGAACACUGUCAAACAAGAUGGUUGCGAGUUCCCGACCCGCUGGCAAGGCAAAUGGUUCCAGUCUGGCGUGACGCAGCCCAUUCUGAUCGACGGAAACAUUUUGUCGAACAAGGGAAGAUGUCUGUCGUCAGAAGGAGACAAGUUUCUGACUGUUGACGAGAAAGGCUGCUACAGGUGCAUAGUUCUUCAUGAAAAACACAUCAACGUACUGCAGUAUAAAGAAACAUUCUGUCACCGACGAGAUGCUCUUCCACAUCUCUGCUCAUCGAUAACGGGAGAUGCUCUUCUCUACUCAAUGUUCCGGGAGAACGCUGAUCCAGUCGACUGUCCCUUGAAAGGUCCCUUCUCCUUUACUUACAACAGAGGCCAUGGUGAUUGCAAAAUUCCUGCUUCUUCCAUUGAGAGCUGCACCGAAGAUUCCAGAUUGUUACUGAACUAUCAGGCAUGCCCCGAUGUCUACGGCUCAGAGAGUACGGUUGAAGAGCUGGAAUGCCUCGCGACGUGGAAGGAAGGCAGCCUCAGGUUCCUGGUGGGGAAGCUGCAUCACAACCACGCCACUAGUAACGAGGACAGGUUCCGAUGCUUUGUCUACGAGAAGACAAACGGUAUUGCAUCCGGGCCAAGUUUGAAGGAGAACCCGACUCCUCCCGGUGGAAUAGAGUACAGAGUGGCACAGUCUGGUGACGCCACCUGCAACGGGCUCUCGAGUGCUACGGAAGGUUCCAGAACGAUGGCUCUAAAAAGAGUAUCAAUGCGCUUCAACUGCCAGUUUCCGUCGUGGAUGACGUUCUCUCACACAUGGCACACCCUGGACUUCACCAGCAACUACACGUUCUACCAGCGGAAUGCGACGCUGCGGAUCACCAACCAGACCGGAUCAGAAAUCAAGGUCUACUGCGUCAACGUGAAGGCGAGCUCCCCCAGUGGCAACUCGGUGGCAUUGGUAGCACAUUGGCAGCACCAUUGCGUGUCUCGCUACGUGUGUGUGGUUCUGUACCGGCGCGACACUUACAUCGCGGAGCUGCAGCGGGGCGCCUUGACCCUGAGACCGGACGAGGCCUGCUCCCCCCACCACUUCAAUGCGGUCACAGCACCCUACAUCACCUUAGUCGCAAGUAAUCCAGAGUCCAAGGAGUGUCCAUAUACUGGAAAAUACUCAAUAAAAAGCCACAGACAUCGAAGAAGUGUGAGAUCGAGCGACAGAGACAAGCAUAGGUGGAAACGGGAGAAAGAACCAGCGGAACAUGACCUGAGAUCCAACAGCAGUAGGCUAUAUAGCUUUAAUAUUAGGAAUAUGACGGAUGUGCCGAUACUGCGGAGCAAACGACUGACAGAAGAUGAAAUGGGUUGCGCUAGGAGUAGCUACAGCAAGCUGGAAGUUGGCUGUAACACGGCCAAGAAUAUGGAGUUUUAUUCGAAGUGUGGAAGUAGGGAACUAGUAACAGCGUACACGUGUCACGGUGGGUGGUACGAGAAUGGCGCGUCGUUCGUGGUGACAACUCCCGUGACGCGGGACAGCAUGGCGGCGAGACGAUACUGCUUCGUGUCACGCGAGACGCGGGACGGCUCCCUGUCCAUCACGCAGAGUGUCAGCAACUGCGAGAGAGACGAGACCGACCCGCUGGUCUUUGAUGCUACAUUCACGGGAAAAUGUCAAGAUGAGACCAGCAAGCAGAAUCGACGUCAACCAUAUUCUUACCUCAUAUUCGUUUCACUAAUCCUGUUGUACCAUACCAUACCCAGAUGAUUGACAAUCGUAUAGACCACACAUAUAAUUUAAAUUCUAUCACAAUAUUAGCGAAACAAAAUCACGUUAUAGUGUUAAGCGUUGAAAUAGGUUUUAAAAUAUAUUAAGGUUUUUUUACAAAGCAUUUAGUGAUAUUUAGUAUUAUCAUACAAUUAUCACAAUAUUGUAGUAAUUUUACUUAAUACUUAUCCUUCAACCGGAGUGGAUAUGUCUUCAGAAGUUUGAAUCUGAAAAUAAAAUUUAGAAAAUGUGUUAAGGAAUUCGUCGAAAUGAAAAUGAUGAGUUAUUAUUGAAAAAUAUCGCGAGCAGCCGAGCCGGUACGAAUCUGUCAAAUUAUUUAGCAAAUAAUGUACGAAGCCACACUAAAUAUCAAAGUGGUCAUAUUGUGUAUCUUAGAAAAUGGCGUGUGAACUGAUGAACUAACUAUUUAUUAUAAUAAUAAAUUAACAAUUUUAUUCAAGUACAUAAUUAUGCUAUACAUUCAAAGAUAUUUAAUACUUAUACAGUAACAUCUGUGUAACGAAACUUAAGGGUGAUGUAAAAAAAUACCUAAGUACUCUUUUGGUUGAGAUUGAUUUUUUCCUAGUUUUGAGAAAGAUGAAAUAAUUAAAUUCUUCGAGUUAAUAUUGUAUUCAAAAUUAUUUGUACAGAAUUACAAUUUUUUUCGAAUUAUAAAGGUACUUAUACCAUUUUGAGUGAUAGAAGCCUUGGUGCUUUGAGGAAAGGGAACGUAACAUUUUCGUGUUGUGCAGAUUUUCGACGGAUCGAGGUUUCUACAAAAAGUAUUUUUUUUUUAGUAAUAUUCUUAUAAGUUUAAUAUUUGAAUACGAUGUAACAGUCACGCCGCUGAUAUCGCCUUUUUAAAGCUUCACACACACACGAACGAAACAUAGGCUCUCAGAAACAUCUCGAUUUUAAUUUUCGUGGUAGUGCCCUUGGAACCGCCAACAACUGCUGCUAGAAAAUGAGAGUUUGUUGUUGAAGUUCGCAUGUUUAUGGACAUACACCCAGUAUAGCUAAUUACUGUCUAUUGUAAAGUGUUCAUCUGUAGAUUUUCCAAUAACAAAAAUAUAAGAAAGUAAAUUACGAAUAACACGAUUCCCGUCGAAGUUAUUCUGAGAAUGUCUAAAGCCGGUAAUUUGAUCACAUACCUUAUUGAAAUACAUACAGUAAAAAUAUAGUAAUAUUUAUGUGGUCUUGGUGGAAAUGGUUGUGAUUGUGAAUUUAAUAUUGAAGGUAUCAUGGCUGAAGGCAACCGUUAUACGACUAGGGCUGCCACUCGUAGGUACGCCCCUAAAGUUUUAUACUAGGUACUUUUCUUCGAAUUUAAAUAUAUUCACUAUCGGUCUUAGAAAUAAAAUUAUCAUAAACUUAUACCUGUGAAUAAACGAAGAGUAUGCAAAAUGUUGACUAUCGUUGACAACACUGUCAAUACAAUGAUAGUUCUGAAGUUUUCCGAAUGUCAAGCAGCCUUGCAAAUAAACGCGGGAAACGUAAUACGUCAGAAUAAACCAAUUGUAAUCAAAAUAUUUGUGAACAUUUUGCAUAUUCAUGGUUUAUUCUCAGUAAUAACUUUAUGCAAACUUUAUUUGUAAGGCCGAUAGUGUUUUUAUAUGAUAUAAUUUUUAACCCCACAUAGACUGUAACUGAGGAAUCAGUCAACAGAAGUUGUAAAAGAAAUCGAAAAUAUAAUUAUGUUUAGCCAUAACAAUAUUAUAUUCCGUUGUAUCUGGUCCAUUGCAGUAUAAACUUAAACCAAACUCAUAAUAUUGUAAAGAACUUAUUUUACUGCUGAAUUUAUAAGCAUAGUCACAUCAUAUUAUAUAAUUAUUAACUUAUACCACGUUGUCUGUUUAUAUUACCACGCUAAUUAAAAGCAGUUUAGUUACCUUGUGAGAUUUCAGUUCAAUAAUAUAUUUAUGAUUUCUUUGAAACGUCAUUGACACACGGAUGCACGGUGGAAUUCAGUUUCAGAAUAAAAGGAAAGAUAUUUCGAUAUUAAUCUAUUUUUGUAAAGUUAAACACCCCAUUUCUUUACUAGUUUCCGUUGUAGUAGAAUUCAAAUAUCAAUUAAUAAUAAAACUUAUUAUGUAGGUGUAUACAUAAAUAUAUAACUAAGUAUAAUUUCACGAUUACACUUAAACAUUUUACACUUGAAGCUUGAACCAUGUACAAAAUCGUUAUAAUCAAAUAGCUAGAAUAAUUUAGCAUUUCAUGAUUAAAUAACAUUAUAAUUAAGUAAUACUAUAUUAUAACUAAUGACGUAUCUAUUUUUUUAACCUGUCGUAUCUUCUGAGCUUAUUAAAAUUUAAUUUUCUGCUAAAAUAUUGUAAACGUUAAGUAGUUGGUCAGUCUUUUGAAAUAUUUAUUUAACGUCAUUGAACUUUAUAAUAUUAUUCUAAUAAUAUUUUAAUUCACAUUUACAAAUAUUCAAAUCUUCACAGUUUGUUAAGGUCAUCUAAUGACUGCUUCUAGUUAAGAAAUUGUUACGACAAGGAAAAUAUUUUCCUUCAUUAAGCAAUACUAAGAUAAGUAAUAUAAUUCUAGAAAUAAUUAUUUUAUAAGCAAAAACGAACUCAUUUUGAGGAUGUAUAGUUUAGAUAAGGGAAUAUUAGAUUUAAAUUCGCGACAGCAAUAAUAUAUUUGUAUUUAUCUAUAUUUUAAGCUAUUGGGUUGUCAGACUAAAAUAAUAAGAAUAAGAAAAUUUAAACUAUUUGUUCUGUCUACUACGUGAAUUAGUUGAGAUUUUCAGUUUUUAUCUAUGUGAUAACGUUCAACAAAUAUCUAACGUAUCUUAAAAUACUAUUUUGAAUAAAAAUAUUUGAAUUUGAAAAAACGUUGAGCUUUGAAAUGCUCUUUCACAUUCUCAUUUUUACUAACGGUCUUUUGUUUUGUAUGACUGGUUUUCUUUUUCAAUGAAAUAAUUGUUUUAACUGCAAGUUGAGUCACCCGGGGCUUCUAUUUAGUCUCACUAUUUUGACUCAAUUAAGAGUCAGGUUGUAAACUUGACAUUAACCCCCUUAUUCAUAAUGGUCCGCUAACAGUAAACAGCCGCUUAGGAGUGUUGUUUCUCAUUCUGACUUAGGUCAAUAGAAGAAAACAGAGUGCGAAUUAGCAAUGCUUUAAGUUAGCAGACUAUUAUGAAUAAGGGCGUUAGUGUAUAAGUUAAUGCAAUUCACGUAAUUUUAAAAAUACGCAUGGAAUAAAUACAAUAAGAAUUUAUUACAUCUGGUUAUGAAAAAAAAGUACAUAAUAUUACUUCGUAUAUUAUAAUUUAGCUUACAAAACUAUAAUAUAAUCCUAAAAUCCAAAGUAAACUUUGAACCAAUGUAGUGGAGCACCUAAUUCUGUCAAUGGUCAUUUUUGAAAUGUUUUACAAGUAAUCAGUUUCUGGCGUUUAAAUUUCGGUGCGUAAACGCUUAUCUCUCUACUAAUUUGAAAGCGAGUCUUUAGUUAGUAAUACUAUUUAAAAAAGUUUGCCGUCGGUAAUAAAUAUCGAAAUAUAAAUUGAAGUGAAGCAUGAAUAGUGUUGAUAAAAAAUAUCAGAACUAACCUACCAAUGUGUUUUUGGUUUUUGAAUUCAUAUGUAAAUCUAUUCGAUGUUUUAUAAGGUCGGUACCGCUCUUGUGAUUCCUCUGGUGUUACAUGGGAGUAUGUGCCGUGGGGAUCACUUCCACAGAUGACUCUAAUGUUUGAUUGUUUGUCCUUCUCUUCAAUAAAAAAAUAAUUACUACCAUACUCACGAACUGGAGACCUUUAUUUUAUACUCAUACUUACUCUUAGAUUAUAAAAGUGACUUACAAGAUUUGCAGAAGUCGUGCAAAGUGGGGGAAUCCGGAACAUAAUGGGAUAAACAACUUUUAUUGCAACCUAAACUUUGCUUAUUUUUCUACUUAGAUAAAUAAGUACUUACAUAUAAGUGACAAAAAUAAUUAAAAAGUCAAUGUGGGAGGUAUUGUGCUGAGGGAAGUAUUGCUUAUCUAACUGUUCACAAAUGCCCGCUGUUCUCAAUUCCCCCACUCUGCCCUACUUAGGUACUUUGUUUUAGUUUUGGUGACGUCAGAAUUUCUCAAGUUGUUUUACAACCUAUUAUUUUAAGUCAAAUUCUUAAAAGUGAGUUAUUGCUGCUAUUAAUUAUUUGAAUACAGGUAAGCAAUAAAUAAAAAACUAGUGAGAAACGUUAAAUCAUCAAUAAUUAGAAUAUCUAUAUUAUUAUUAUAUAACUUAUUAUUUUAGUCUGCGUGAGUGUUGAAUUUUAAUAGCGUAGGUAGACCGUUGUGAAUAUUUGAGCUAGUGUUGUUGUUUUAUAAUGACAGAUAUUAUAAAAUCCUUUACGGAGACAACACAAUGAUCGGAUUGCUCUCUGGGGUGUCUCUAGUGAUGGAUGAUGAUUCCAGUGUGAUAUAUUUAGAUACAGUAAAUUAAUUAAGAGUAUAGUCGUCAAUAUUGAUUACAAUAAAGCUAAAAAUUA